CACUGUUCCAUGUCCAUGGUCAUGUUGAGCCCCUUGAGAGAAUAGGAUAGACAAACGACAAACAUUCCAUAACAUUCCGCCAUAUUACUUUUGUAGUGCGAGUGUCAAAAAUUGGUUUUAUUCUUUAUUGUUGAAUAGUGCGUGAUAGUUCUUAAAUAUUGGGUGCUACCAAAAGAAUAUUAAUAGGAGAAACUCCAGUGAUGAAAAUUACCUGGCUAGCACUACUAUGAUUAUUUCUUAUAUAAAUAUAAUUGCAAGGGGAUUAAGUUCACUACUAAAUAUUCUUUUGUUUUGCUAACCAAUUUUUGUGAUAAAAAUAUUGUUGGUGAUCGUGUUAUUAACCUUUGUGAUAGAAACUGUUGAGCAUAAAAAAUGGAGGCGAUAGCUAAGCACGAAUUCAACGCAACAGCUGACGACGAGCUCAGCUUUAGAAAAGGACAAGUUUUAAAAAUCUUGAACAUGGAAGACGAUAUGAACUGGUAUAGAGCCGAAUUGGAUGGUAGAGAGGGAUUGAUUCCUAGUAAUUAUAUUGAAAUGAAGCCCCAUGACUGGUACUAUGGUAGAAUAACCCGAGCUGAUGCUGAAAAGUUAUUAUUGAAUAAACACGAAGGGGCCUUUUUAAUUCGAAUAAGCGAGUCGAGUCCUGGGGAUUUCUCAUUAUCUGUGAAGUGUUCUGAUGGCGUACAACAUUUCAAAGUACUGAGAGAUGCACAGGGCAAGUUUUUCCUAUGGGUAGUUAAGUUCAAUUCCCUGAAUGAACUUGUAGAGUAUCACAGGACGUCAUCCGUGUCUAGAUCACAAGAUGUUAAGUUGAGGGAUAUGGUGACAGAGGAAUACUUAGUGCAAGCCCUCUACGAUUUCACGCCGCAAGAGCAAGGCGAACUGGAAUUCAGACGCGGUGACGUCAUCACGGUGACGGACCGUUCCGAUCAACAUUGGUGGCACGGCGAAAUCGGUCACCGCAAGGGCCUGUUCCCAGCGACAUACGUGACGCCCUACCAUACCUAAGGAGGCCGCUAGAUGGUGCUAUCGGAUGGACGUGCAGGCCGGAUGGGGAUGAAAGGUCGAAGGCCGCAACGGUGUUUUUAGACUAAAAUUGGCUGUAAGCAGUGAGAUUAUAUUUUUGGGCUGAUUCGCUUUGGUGGGUUGAAGGUGGUGUUUUAUGUUGUUGGUGACGGCUAGCAGGAAUGUAGACAUAUUGCUAAUUGAAGUAUGGAGGCUAUCCAGAUAAGAGUACCAUAGAAAGUUCUCAAUCUAUCUAUUAUAAGUAAUGUGUGCCACUGUUAAACUUGGCUACUGCAUCAGUGUGAGUCGUUGGCUGUGGUGGAAGGUAUUUCAGUUCGCUUCAACAGCGGAAGAUUCAAUUGUGAAUCUAUAAUGGGCCACUACACGGAUUUUGGCGGAUACUAUCAGUGUCAUACGAAAUAAGAAAACUGAUCAACUAACUGCACCAUGGGUGUAGCAUAACUUUCUCAAAAGAUAAUGUAGCUGCUACUCGCUCUUGCAUACAUAGAGAGUAUAAAAGAAAACUGUUAAUUUUCUGGAAACUGAUUAAUUUAACAUAAACCAUAGACAAUGUUCACUAAUCUUAUUUUCAGGAGUUGUUAUAUCUUAUAUCAAAGAAACACAAAGCUAAACGCGAACCGCACGCACAUAACAAUUCAUACUGACACUGAUAAUCAUAGUUGUAGAACACCCAUAUGCUACGAGAGAACGUUCCAGAUGAUGAGGCAGAACUAUAAAGUGUAUGUCUUUUAUCUUACUCAAACAUCUGCUUGCAGAUGUGGAUGGCAUAUGUACUGCGAAAAAAGAUAUGUGUGAAAGUGAUAGUGGUACUUUUACUGUGGUCCGCCAAAAUCGAUAAAAAGAACUGGAGCCCGUCAAACCUCAUUUACUUCGCAUCAAAACAAACAUGAGCACUUUAUCGUUGCUUCUAUUCGCUUGUUGGUACCUGCCCAAGGAUUUAUGGCUAGCUGGCCAAUAGGAGUGCGCAAAUUUGAACAUCGCGCGUUGGUUUUUCUUUUUGAUGGGGCGUAAAUGAGAUACCUCCGCAGAUGAGAUAAGAAAUAAGUAUUGUCUGGUAGUACUAGUAUUUAGGGGAGAACAAAAAUGAGUAAAGCUGAUUGUUGAAUACAGUAAAUGUUCUGUACAGUUAAUGUUCUGAAUGAGAAGUUAGAAUAAUAGACCAGAUAUCUACUUCAGUUGUUGAAAUUUUUCCUAUGGAACUUACUGAAAUGAUGACUAAACUAUGUUUACACAGCUUGAUGACAAAUAAUGCCUUCUCAUUUUGGUUGACGUGGCGAAGGUAUAAACACAGUAAUUUCAGUCAACGCGACUGCUGUGUAUUUUUAGGGAGAACUCUUCUGCUGUUAAUGGUGCAUAAAAAAUAAACAGGUCAGAAGCAGAUUUCCAAAUACACAAAUGUUUUACUGUAGCUUAUGGAUAUAUCUCUCACUAUAUUUGUGAUAUCUCUAUCGAUAUGAUUGCCAUAUACAGUCUAUAGUUGGAAGUUUUGCAUAAGAUUGCCUCAAGUUAACUGAAGUACUAAUGAUGUCCAUCUUGAAUCAACAUAUCUUCAAUGUAAAUCUAACUGUAUAGGGCAACUACUAGCGUAGCUCGACUUCAAAGGUCGUUGAACGACGCUUUUACGAUUCAGUACUAGCAGUGUCGCGCAUUCCAAAAUAUUGUAACAUAGCAAUUUUGAUACACAUAAUCAAGUCUACUGUUAGCACCUUUUUUGUCUAAUGCUUUUGUGCAUUUUCAGUAACCUAUCAGGAAUAUAUAAUAAUUUAUAAUUGAGAAACUUUGAUUGCAUUCAUAAAACAAUAACGCUCUAUGUCAGCUACUAUUUGCAUCAAAUGGCCACUGACUUUCACUCUUCAAGUGCUAUAGUUUCCUGCAUUUGCAUAUUUUAAAUUUGCUAAACACUUGCGAAAGGAAUAAAUUAAUUCCCAAAAAGUUACAUAUCAAAACAUUAACUGUACAAAUGCCCCUCAACAAAAUAUUCGUCCCUAUCUGCCUAUAACUCAAAUAAUAAAGGCAUUACUUUUCGGUUUAGAUAACUUACCCAGGAAAAAAAUCAAUUCGGCAAUUGAGGAACUCUUAUUAACAAAUCAUGUGUGAUUUUAUGUUAACUGAUAUUGAUGCAAGUUAAUGUGUAAUACGAACAUUUUUUCUAUGGGUAUUUCCUAUUUAUUUUAUAGAGAAGCUGGUGAGUGUGGAAGCUUUAUACAUAGUGUCACAAAUUAUGUGGACAAUCUUUAAAACAUAUAUAGAACACCCAAAAGUUCUAAAAUUUGGUUAUAAAGUCAGUUUUAGAAAAGUAUCCAUUUUCAACUUAGUAACGCAAGUAACUCUGUACCUAAAGCCUUGUAGAGCAAUACACAAUAUAACCUUUUUGAGUGUAUUAAAUGCAUUUAAGAGAUUGUCUACAUAUGAAGCACUCUGUACUCUAUUGUCUAAAAUUGUGUCGCAAAAGAAAGUUACUUUACUGCAAGUAAAUAGAGUCACCCAGCUUCUUUGAAAUUCAUUUUAUAAUAUGUGGAAUGUUGGUACGUUGCAUUUUCCCGAUUUUAGAACAUUAGUCAUUGAGUGUUUAGAAAUGGUCGCAUCUCAUGAAAUAGCCAACUAAAUUUGAUGAUAUCGUUAAAUCGUCAGCGUUUAACAUCUGGUCAUCCACGAUUGGUCAUAUCGUAAGUAUCCAUAGAAUAUUUAAUAAAUAUCCAAUAUAGGUUACGAAUUCGUUUCGUUUAGAAUUUUCACUUAGAAAAACAACUGUUAUCAACCGCAUCCAUGUUGAAAUGUAAACAAUGCGCUCGCCGCGACUCUGUCGGUAAACAAUGUAAUUAUUUUUAAGAUAUGAUCAAACAUGCUUGACCAUUUCAUGAUGUAGCCUUGCGCUUAGGUGAUCAUAUCGUUAAAUGAUUUGUUGUUUGUUUCUGCCAACGCACAUUAUGAUCUAGCCAAUUGAUGAUGAUAAAUUUCAUGAAAUGCGACCUUUUCAUGAUAUGCUCGAUUAUUCCAUGAAAUGGUCAAUUUUACGAUAUGGCCACAUCAUAUUCACCAGGUGAGGCUAGUCAACUGAUAUAAAACGUUGUAAUUUGGCAGGAUUGUACGCAAAUAAUAUGGAUAUGUGACAUAAUUAACAAUUUGCACCGUAAUCCAAACAUUUUUAGUCUAAUAAAAGGUAGGCUAAUGCGGAAAACGUGAUUGUUUGAAUUAUGGUCAAAAUUCAGGGGUAAUGAGUAUCUAAUUGUAUCAACAGAAUGUUUCCUAAAAAAGGAAGGCUGGCUUUAUAAUUAUACUAACAUUACUCUCUUUAUUGCAUAUACUUUAUUGUUCCCUUACAUUUGGUGACUAUAUCAAACAUUCACCGUAUUUAGCUGACGAGAUCAAAUUCACAAUUUGUAUUUUCAUUUAUUUUGAAGCUGUUUUCAAAGCUUGCAAGAUCAAAAAAAAAUUACCACCCCACACUUUUUAAAUAUACUUUAUUGAAGAUGCCAUUUAUAGAUUAUAUUGUUUAUUAUAGUUGAUAUGCAUUAUUAUGAUUUUAGACUUUUUGUAUAUAGUUAGCGAAUGAAUUUUGCCAAUCAUUCGAUACGAGAAUUUUGCAUUUUUAAUAUAUACUAAGAUUAUUAUUUUAUUGGCAUUGUCUGGCUUAUUUAGUUAUUAUGUAAAUAUACUAAUUUAGUUGACAAAAUAUUGAAUAAACAUAUUUAGUGAAUAUAUGUUAAACAAGUAA